GCCGGGAGCGGUAGCGGGAGAGCGGGCAGCGGGACACCAGCGCGGGAGGCGGCGACCGGGAGGGAGCCCGGAGGGCAGGAAUCGUUGCCACGACCUUGGCCCACCGGCAGGGCACCCAGCACUCGUGCCCGCCAAUGCGGCCCGGCCCCCGGAAAGCCAGGCCGGCCGCACACCCAUGUGGGCCGGCGGCGUGGGCAGCCCUCGGCGGGGCAUGGCCCCGGCACCCACCGAUGACCUCUUUGCCCGCAAGCUGCGCCAGCCAGCGCGGCCCCCGCUGACACCGCACACCUUCGAGCCCAGGCCAGCCCGGGGACCGCUCCUGCGCAGCGGCAGUGAUGCAGGCGAGGCCCGGCCUCCCGUGCCAACCAGCCCCCGGGCCCGGGCCCACAGCCACGAGGAGCCCGGCCGCCCCGCUGCGGCCCCCAGCCGGCUCUUCGCUGACCCGCUGGCCUUGCUGGGGCUGCCGGCCAAGGAGCCGGAGCCUGCCUUCCUGCCAGUGCCAGAGCCCCGCUGGUUCGCCCACUACGAUGUGCAGAGCCUGCUCUUUGACUGGGCGCCAAGGCCACGGGGGUCAGGGGGCCACAGCGAAGCCGCCUCUGGGGCCCUGGCCACGGACCAGGAGCGGGCCGCCAGCUCGGACCUGCUGCUUGGGGCACCUGGCUUCGUGAGCGAGCUCGGGGGUGAGGGCGAGCUAGGCCUGGGGGGGCCUGUGUCCUCUCCCGUGCCCCCUGCGCUGCCCAACGCAGCCGUGUCCAUCCUGGAGGAGCCCCAGAACCGGACCUCGGCCUACAGCCUGGAGCACACAGACUUGGGUGCUGGCUACUACCGCAAGUACUUCUAUGGCAAAGACCACCAGAACUUCUUCGGGCUGGACGAGGUGCUGGGCCCGGUGGCGGUGAGCCUGCGGCGGGAGGAGAAGGAGGGCAACGGAGGGACCACCCUGCACAGCUACCGCAUCAUCGUGCGGACCACGCAGCUCCGGACGCUCCGCGGCACCAUCUCGGAGGACGCGUUGCCGCCGGGGCCCCCACGAGGCCUGUCCCCAAGGAAGCUUCUGGAACAUGUGGCACCGCGGUUGAGCCCUACCUGCCUGCGCCUGGGCUCAGCCUCACCCAAGGUGCCACGAACGCUGCUCACGCUGGACGAGCAAGUGCUGAGCUGCCAGCGCAAGGUGGGCAUCCUGUACUGCCGGGCAGGCCAGGGCUCGGAGGAGGAGAUGUACAACAACCAGGAGGCGGGAGCUCCCUUCAUGCAGUUCCUUACCCUGCUGGGCAACGUGGUGCGGCUCAAGGGCUUCGAGAGUUACCGGGCCCAGCUGGACACCAAAACGGACUCCACGGGCACACACUCCCUCUACACCACGUACCAGGACCAUGAGAUCAUGUUCCACGUGUCCACGAUGCUGCCGUACACCCCCAGUAACCAGCAGCAGCUCCUGCGGAAGCGCCACAUCGGCAACGACAUCGUGACCAUCGUGUUCCAGGAGCCCGGCAGCAAGCCCUUCUGCCCCACCACCAUCCGCUCGCACUUCCAGCACGUGUUCCUCGUGGUGCGGGCGGAGGCGCCCUGCACCCCGCACACCUCCUACAGGGUGGCCGUGAGCCGCACUCAGGACACCCCGGCCUUUGGGCCAGCCCUGCCCCCAGGCGGAGGCCCCUUCGCCGCCAACGCCGACUUCCGGGCCUUCCUGUUGGCCAAGGCGCUCAAUGGCGAGCAGGCGGCGGGCCAUGCGCGCCAGUUCCACGCCAUGGCCACGCGCACGCGCCAGCAGUACCUGCAGGAACUGGCCACCAACGAGGUGACCACGACGUCGCUGGACUCGGCCUCGCGCUUCGGCCUGCCCUCCCUGGGCGGGAGGCGCCGGGCGCCCCCUCGCAGCCCAGGCGCCGAGCUGCAGGCUGCGGGCGCGCUGGUGUGGGGCGUGCGCGCGGCGCCCGGGGCGCGGGGCGCGGCGGCGGCGGAGGCGGGCGGCCCCGACGGCGCCGAGGUGUCCUGCCUGCUGGGCAUCUCGGCCGAGGCGCUGGUGCUGGUGGCGCCGUGCGACGGCCGCGUAGUCUUCAACUGCGCCAGCCGCGACGUGCUGGCCUGGACCUUCUCGGAGCAGCAGCUCGACCUGUACCACGGCCGCGGGGAGGCCAUCACGUUGCGGCUAGACGGGCCCCCCGGCCAAGCCGUGGGCGAGGUCGUGGCGCGCCUGCAGCUGGUGAGCCGCGGCUGCGAGACUCGCGAGCUAGCUCUGCCCCGCGACGGCCAGGGCCGCCUGGGCUUCGAGGUGGACGCUGAGGGCUUCGUCACGCACGUGGAGCGCUUCACGUUCGCCGAAACGGCGGGGCUGCGGCCCGGGGCGCGCCUGCUGCGCGUGUGCGGCCGGACGCUGCCCCGCCUGGGCCCCGACGCCGCCGCCCAGCUGCUGCGCUCUGCGCCCAAGGUCUGCGUCACCGUCCUGCCCCCGGACGAGAGCGGCCGGCCCCGCAGGAGUUUUUCGGAGCUGUACACGCUGUCUCUGCAGGAGCCCAGCCGGCGGGGGGCCCCAGAACCGGUACCAGAUGAGGCCCCUGUGGUGGUCCUGCUGCCCGCCACCAAGCAGCUGCUGCACCUGUGCCUGCCUGAUGGUGGUGGCCCAACAGGGCUUGGGGACCUGGCUGAGGAGAGGACCGAGUUUCUGCACAGCCAGAGCCCACCGUCACGCCACAGCUCCCUGUCGGAUGAGGCCCCGGUCUUGCCCAACACCACCCCAGACCUCCUCUUGGCCACACAGGCCAAGCCAUCAGCGCCUGGUGCUGGCAGGGAGACACCCCCCACCCAGGAUGGGCCAGGCGAUCCCAGUGACACUGAGGACCAGAGCAACCCAGCCCCGGAGCUGAGGGCCUCCUUCCUGCCAAGGACCUUGUCUCUGCGCAACUCCAUCAGCAAGAUCAUGUCAGAGGCAGGCAGUGAGACCCUGGAGGACGAGUGGCAGUCCAUCUCCGAGAUCGCUUCCACUUGCAACACCAUCCUGGAGUCGCUGUCUCGGGAGGGACAGCCCAUCCCAGAGAGUGGAGACCCCAAGGGAACCCCAAAGUCCGAUGCUGAGCCAGAACCGGGGAGCCUGUCAGAGAAGGUCUCUCACCUGGAGUCCUUGCUUAGGAAGCUUCAGGAGGAUCUGGAAAAGGAGAAGGCAGACAGGGCGGCCCUGGAGGAGGAGGUGCGCAGCCUGCGGCACAGCAACCAGCGGCUCCAGGCUGAAUCGGAGAAUGCGGCCACCCGCCUCCUCCUGGCCUCCAAGCAGCUGGGCUCAGCCACCACCGACCUGGCCUGAGCCAUCCGGUGCAGCGUCAGACUUGGCUACAGCCCGGCCUGGCCCAGCUGGGAACUGCCCAAACCCCAUCCGGGUCCUUGGGCCUCCCCCUGGGCCCUGGGCCCUCCUCAGGAACUCUCUCCCCAUGUGGAGGACGCAUCUUAGCACUGCCCCCACUCCCCGGCCCAUUAUUUGGUGGCGAAGUUGCCCCUACCUCAUCCCUAUUUGUAAAUAUCCUUCAGAGAAAGGGGGGCUUCAGGGAGUAAAGAAGCCACAAGCCACUGCUA